AUGUCGCUCUCCGCUGUCCGCUCUUCGGUUUUCCGUACCGCUCGUCUUCAGACCGUCGCAAAGAUGUCUAUGGCUGCUCGUUUCAAGCACACUCUCCCCGAACUCGCCUACCCCUACAAUGCCCUUGAACCCGCCAUCUCCGAGGAGAUCAUGAAGAUUCACCACACGAAGCACCACAACACCUACGUCACCAACCUCAACGCCGCCGAAGAGAAGCUCGAGGCCGCUGUCAAGUCUAACGACGUCGCUUCCCAAAUCGCACUCCAAGCCGCGCUCAAGUUCAACGGAGGCGGUCACCUCAACCACACCCUUUUCUGGGAGAACCUCGCUCCUGCGUCCCAGGGUGGUGGAAAGCCCCCGACUGGUGCGUUGGCGGAUGCGAUUAACCAGCAGUGGGGUAACGUGGACAACUUUAUCCAGAAGUUCAAUGCUGCUCUCGCUGGUAUUCAGGGAUCUGGAUGGGGAUGGUUGAUCAAGGACAAGGAGACUGGCAAGUUGGCUAUCAUCACUACUCCCAACCAGGACCCCGUCGUCGGAAACCAGGUUCCCUUGAUUGGUGUUGAUACUUGGGAGCACGCUUACUACCUCCAGUACCAGAACAACAAGGUUGAGUACUAUAAGAACAUCUGGUCUGUUAUUAACUGGCAGGCUGCUGAGAAGCGUUUCUCUGCUUGA